AUGCCCAACAUCUCGUCUGCGAGCCUGUCAUCCAGGAAAAAGUACAAUCUGGACGACUUUGUUCAGUAUGCUACUGGUAGACUUGCGGACCAAUACGCCGCGAUCGCCGAUCUCAGCAUGUAUAAGUUCGCCGACAAAGCAUAUCUGGACGAGAACAACACACCUUACAGCCGGCGUAUGCUCCUCGUCGGUCACUAUUGGCGAAAACGCGGCGGUACGCCUGUGUGGGCACAUGCGACUGGUACUCACAUACGCUACUAUUCGGGUGAGGGAAUUCAGGUCAAUCCACUGAUCCAUGAUACCCAAUCCUCUAAGGUCUACUACGGAACGCCCUUCAACGCGAUGAGCGGCGUUCACGACUCCAGCAACACGAAGCCUCGUAUGACUACAGAACGCAAGUUCGAGCGGGCCUUGGUCGAGUCUGUCAUCAACUUCAUAUUCCUCAAAGAUGGCCAGCUGGUACGAGCGCUGGACCUGGAGAGUCCGGACAUGCUUGGAAGCUUCAGACUGGCGUGUAGAAAUUUCGCGCAAUACCAGAAGAUGCCUCAGACUGACAUGAGAUCUCUGGAUGAAGAAAUUCUGGACAUUCAGGCCGAAAAUGCAGCGGUACAGGAGCAAGCUCAGUUCAUCCAAGGAUAUAGCGGCGGCAACGGUCUUGCGUUCAGAAGCGGGACUUCGGCUUUCACGCUCCCUUCCAAACGCUCCUUCGUAGACCUGACGGACAGUGCAUCCGAUGAUGCAUCGCAGGGCUCCAACAAACGUUUAUCUCCAUCCGAGUCCGCUGUCGCACACCACGAAGCCGAAAUAUACGCUGGAUUGGAACAAGAGGUGCAGGCUCUCAGAGUUAAGCUUGAACAACAGGAAGCCAAGAUCGAUGCCUCCGAGGCUGAGGUCACGCGGCAUAAAGCUAAGAGACGAACCUUACGAACGCAACGAGAAGAGUGGAAAGAAAAGUACAUCGCCCAACAGAGUCUUGCCCAGGCACCGGCCGAAAGCGUCAAAGAAGAGGAAGAGAGUGAAGAUUGGAAGGGGAUGCUCUUCGAACAAGAAAAGAAGACCGAGCACUACAAGCUCAAGUACAUUGCGCUGAAAGAGGAGAGGAGAAAGUGGGAGGAUCAGAAAGAUAAAAACAAAAGUCUCGAGCCUCAGGAUGUUAGCAGAGAGGCUAGUCCCCCGCAGGAGAGUCCGCAGAGUCACAGACAGGAGAGCGAGAAAGCUGAGCGAUCAAACGAUAUCAGCAGUCCAGGUGGCAGUACUGGAAUACAGCAACGGAGAUACCGCAGACCUCUGAGUAUGGAGGAGCCAUCUCCUGGGUGGAUGGCUAUGAAGUAA